AUUUCCCGACAUYUGUCGGUUUUUCUCCAGUAAAUCUUUUUAAAAAGGACUAUUGGGUUUCCUGUUGAAGAUGUAUCCAUGACAACCACCAGUCCCACAACACCACUCAAAAUGGCGGACAAGAAUAUUGACAAAAGGACGUUUGAUGACUUUUUGGCUUUCUUUUACAUUACAACUACAGUCUAAACAAUCUAAAAACAACACAUUGAUGAAAUAUCCGUCUAAAUGAGUUCAUGAAAAUAAUUUCGUGCUACAUUUUGCGAUAACUUACCGAAAAAAAGCUGAUUCCUUCUCGACGAGUUUGUCUACAAAUUUAUUACAACUAUGAGUACAGUAGCUCUAACAACGUCUCCAGUCAAAGAAGAAACAUUGAGUAAAACUCCUCGAAGACUUACUUCAACAAACCCUCAAACACCAUGCGUUUUGCCAAUUCUGGAUGGGAAAGGCAAUACACAAGAAUCUGCCAUAGAGAGAUUUGAAAAACCACAGAACGAAGCCUUUGAUGGGAUUGAGCGAAAUGACACAUUUUUAACUUCAACAAAUGACUUUAUUCCUUUAGAUAUUUUGAACAGUUUAACACACGUUCCAUCUCCUCCUACAAGAGAGAAUGGUCCAUCUUCGAAGCAUAAAAAACUMAAGCCUAUUGAGAAUGGGGUAGCUGGCCCACCAGCGAGAAGAAGACCCGCCAAUGUGUGGAACUACCCUAAGGGAAGAGAAAAACUCAAACAUUUGACAGAACAGCCUCCUUGUCUGUGCGGGGCUGGAAGAGAUAUAUCAUUUCUAUAUGACGCUGUCAAUCACACAUGUAAAGAACAAGCAACUCCACCAGAUACCAAAGCAGUUGCCAAGAUACCUGCAUCUGUACAAAAACAAAUAYGUGAGCUUGAAGGCGAUGAUAGCAAGAAACAUGAUAAAAUGGUUGGACAAGAAGAUGAUAAGAAACAAGAAGAAUCAAGUUUAAUCCCUGAUACUCUUAUUCCUGGAGAAUACCACAUUGUGAAAAACCCUGGUGUUCUUGGACUGGAGUUUCAUGAUGAUAAAUAUACUACUCAUGUUCAAGUCCAUGAAGAACAUUUGACUAUCUUUCCUUCAAUGAAGCCAUCAGGAAGAGGAGAAGUAUUGAAGCUCAAGCAUACAAUGGACUCCCUCUUAACCCGUGCAGGAGUGGACGAUAAUGACAAGGAACUUACUGGUCCCACACAGAUCCACAACCUUCUUGAACUUGUCAAGAAAGAGCAGAAUAUCUACAACGUGUGCUUCAAUGAGAUCAUAAGACAGGUAACUGUAGAGUGUGCUGAAAGGGGUGAACUGCUGGCCAACAUCAGGAAGAGGUACAGCUAUCUACUUGAUMGAAUACCACGGCAAGUCAAAAGCUUGCACCAAGAAGUCAUUGCACAAAGAGCACUGGACAGACGGUUGACGGAAGAACUUGUAAGGUUCAAAGCUUCCAUUAGCGCACUCACAAGUGAACUUGCGUCAGUCAAAGCACACGAUCGAGAAGUUACCAAACAAGCUGUUGAAGCUCAAAAAGAGCUUGAAGAGGCGUUGCUGGAAUCUGACAAAAAUGCAAGUUUGUUAGCAGAAUAUCAUGAUUUGUAUGAACUGCAGAGAAAAAGACUUGAAACACAAGUUGGCAAGCUUACUGAAGAGCGUGAUUUGUGGGGAAGUGCUGCCUAUACUCUUGCUAUGAAAGUCACCGACAGACACUCCCUGAACACAGCCAAGAAACUACACCUGUGCGAGAAAGCAUGGGCAAGGCUGACUAGACACUUUGCUAUCUUCUUGAGUGAGAAUGAUAGCAUUCAGCUCGAAUUAUUGACGCGACACGUGCAGUUUUGGCGGGAAAAAGCCGACCAGUUUAACAAACAACUGGAAGAAUCCGAAGAUCAAACGCGAAAAAAGCUUAAAAGGUUGAUUGAUCAGCUAUCCAAGUGGAAACCAGAAUUCGAGAAAAUCAUCAACUAUGAUAUUGGAAGCGUCACCCCGCCAACCCGUCAAUUCAUCACYAAAUUACACCAAGACCUCAAAUCAUGGGAAGAAACGUUCAACGAGGAAGCAGAAAGGUUUACUGGUGAAGUCUURUUGUCACGCGAAGAUGAACUGAACAAGAUGAACAAACAAGUUGAUAAAUGGACUGAUGUUGCCAUGAAGGUGUUUGGUCGACAUCUAACUCCGAGUGGUGACCGCUGGCCACAGCAUGGUGAGAUGCAGUCAUUAAACCAAGAGGUUGAUUUACUCCAUCAACAAUUUCACGUCAGAACGAUAGGAGAAAACGGUGUUGCUAAAGGAAUCAUUGAUUUGGUUAAUCCUAUUGAAACAUGGAGUAAUAAACUAGACUCCAUCCUCCAUGGUGGUGAUAUGGUACAAGAUAACGACUGGAUACGACUAGCUGAACUGAUCGGCACUGAAUGGUCUGAUCAUCUCARCAAUACAAUAUUAUUGAUYGGRUCAACUCAAAAAGAAGGCGARCGACUGGCUGGCGAACCAGAGAAAAAAGURGAAGUCAAAGAAGUUGUGCUCAARAUGGCCAAAUGGCUCACAGCYACCAAUAAUAGCAUCGAUAAUGAAGAUAUGAAAAUCGUACAAAAAGUAUCGUUAAUCCACAGUACCAUGAUCCGUUGGAUGAUCACCGUCCUUCUYCGYCUAGCACCCGACAUGGAGGACAAAGAACUCGAGAAACUGAGUGAAGUAGAYGACAAGUCUAGCGUAGACUCAUCGAUCGGUGGCGGCGCGAUUUUACUACAAUCGACAACCGAAGAAAUCAUCACUCGUGCUAACCAACUGUUCGAUGAGUUGAGGAUGUUCUCGAAUGUCCUGUCCAAGUGCUGUAAUGAUUUGGUGUUUGAUUCUAUGCAACAGAAGAAGAGCGAAGGAGACGAACACGCUGAGAUGGAAUACAARGACCUCAAACGUAUCAAUAUCGAGUUUGAAGGCUGGAUUCGWACCGCCAAACUCUUGAUACAAGAAGUUACUGGUGAAGACUACAUCCCUGAAGAAAAAGCUGUUGAAAAGACAAAAGAGAGGCGAGAAUCUAGGAAAGAGGAAGGAUCUGAGACGAAGUCACCCGCACCUGGUGACGAACAGACCGAUGAGAAAAAAGAUGAGAGCACUCCAGUUGCUUCAUCAGAAGAGGAUCGUCCUCAAUCAAGCAGUGAAAAACCUACUGUCACUACCCCUGAGGRGACAGCUGAAGCCACAKCAGAGGYACCUGAAGUARCYGAACAGCCAACUCAAGAKGGMGAGGGGGAUGCAUCUCKUCCUUCCUCAGUAGCAAAGCAAGAAGAGGAGAAGACGAAGGAAAAAGAUGGAGACACGAAACAAGAWGAUGAUACAUCAAAAAUGCACGUCUUGUGUCAUGAUGAUAAUAUUAGGACUAAAUCCUUGGAAAACAUACCAGUUGAUCAGGAGGCUGCUUUACUAGAUGUACCAGAGAGCGAUGGUUUACCUGCACGAUCCCCAUCGCCUGACACAAAGAAAGCCCUAGAGGCACUGGCAGCAGUCGAAAGACUCCAGACUCAACUACUGGAAACCGAAGAAAGGGCCCAGGCUUCCGAAGAGCGAGCAAUCCAAGCCGAAACAGAACUAAAACAAGCCCUAGAAAGAAUWCGSGCCUUAGAGCGUUCUGUAUCUCGAGCUAGUGCYACUAGUGCUGGCGGUCAACAAACGCCUUCAGAUCGACCGGUCAGCAGUAGUACUUUAAAACGCCCUCCUACCCAGACCCCUACAAAUCAGACACGUUCUCCUUCMCAGCAGUCAACGCGUGCWUCAACUAGGUCUUCAUCUCGCAAGAAGUGACUGCAUUUUCUGUAAAUUUUGUAUUAAAUUUUUCUUACCAAGUUCAUUGAAUAUAGUAAAAAGGAUACUCUUGCAUCCACAAAUAAUAUUUUAAACAAACUAUCUACAAAGCCUUUGAAAAAGAUCUAGAAAUGCCGCUUUAGGAGUUAUCCUAAAAGGCACUCRUGUUUGGGAACUUUGCGCCGCUUUUGUGAAAUCUUGAAAAGUUGGUGUAAAGAUAAAACAGUUUCAUACAAUGCUAAAUUAACGAUUACGUAAAAAGUAUUAGAAAAUACUGUGUUUAAAGAACACGCUUUUAUUGUGAUUGUUAUAUCCUCUAUGAAUCGAAACGUCUUUGUAAAAUAAGGGAAAGACGACUUUCUAACUAGUCCAACAAAAGCUCGUCACGUUUUUCCGAUCAUUUUCGCGGGGUACUAACUGUAGCUACUAUAGCUUGCUGAAUCRCAUGCCYCAUUGCUUCAAUGAUGUUUGAAACCCUAAUGAAACGCCCACGUUAGUUUUUGAAUUAUURCGUUAAAACAGCCAUAAAAAUAUAAUUAUACCAAGGAAUGCCGCAACCGAAACUUUAUACUAUUGACGAAAUAAUUUCGAAAUUUAUCCGAUAUGUGUGUAGAAAUUAUUUUACUUGCAUUUCUCCUUGGAGUACCACGAAAACGCAUCAGUGUGGACAAGGCUUCGAAAUAUCUUCGCCAGGUAGUGCUCGUAUCACGUACCAACCCAGAACGAAAGCCAUACGAAACGUUCAGCAAUCAACAACUUAUCACAUCAAAGUAACYGACGUGGAUACGCGGACUGGCACGUUCACUGGUUAAGCGAAAGCCCGUUCUGUUCUAACAAAAUUUAGUCGUCUUUCAUAAGCUGCUGUGAUCCAAUUAUUUAAGGAGGCUCGAUACCCUUCGGGUAAAAAUAGUAGUAUAUUGAUUAUUUAUUUAUUAGAGAUUAAAACAAAUCUUUCAUAUUU